ACUCUGCUUAAGUGCUUGAUCCCCAACCACCCUAUUAAAACGUCUUCCACCAUUUGAAAGAGAAAAAAAAGAAAGAAAAAGGAAGACAGACGCAGACAGUGGAGGUGGGAGAAAAGCAAAUCUUUGAAUCGUCUUUGGAUCUGUUCUUCCUUCCUGUGUGCCUUUGAGGAUAUUCAGGAGCAGGAGGGAUUAUAUGGUGUAAUGGCCUCUGACAGAGAUGAUUUUAGCCUCUCAGGACCCUUACAUCUAACUGCUGUUGAUUGGACAAAUGCACAUCAUCGAAGGUCUGUAGCUGCCAGUUUGGUUCAGGGUGUCUACGCGCUGGAGCGGGAUCGCCAGCAGAAACAAGAAGGUCCAGAUGCUCUUGCAAAUCCUUGGUGGGAGUUCUUUCAUUUUCAGUUGCUUCGUAAACUUGUGGAUGAUGUUGAUUCCUCCAUUUUUGGUGCCAUUUAUGAAUAUAAACCUUCAUCAUCUUAUUCUACCCAUUCACUAGAUGAAGGCCCACGUUAUGUAAUUGCAUUCCGAGGCACUGUAACGCAGCCAGACUCCUUGUCACGGGACAUUGAGUUGGACCUUCACAUAAUCCGAAAUGGACUCCAUGAAACAUCUCGCUUUGAAAUUGGUAUCCAAGCAGUUAGAAAUGUGGUUGCUACUGUAGGCGAAUCGAAUGUCUGGCUGGCAGGCCAUUCCUUGGGGGCAGCAAUGGCAUUGCUUGCUGGAAAGACUAUGGCUAAGACGGGCAUCUUUAUUCAAGUAUUUCUCUUCAAUUCGCCAUUCUUCUCUGCCCCAAUAGAGAGAAUCAAAGAUAAACGGGUGAGACACGGAUUACGGAUUGCAAGCAGUGUGAUAACUGCUGGACUUGCCUUUGCUGCAGCUGCAAAGAAGAAUAAUCAAAAUAGCCGGUCCGUAGAUCCAUUUGCUGCUCUCUCUGCAUGGAUACCAUCUCUAUUUGUCAAUCCGGCGGAUCACAUCUGCUCCGAGUAUAUAGGAUAUUUUGAACACAGGAAGAAGAUGGAUGACAUUGGCAUUGGCGCCAUUGAGAGGGUAGCAACCCAGAAUUCGAUUGGUGGUCUUAUUAUGAGUGCAAUAGGAAAGGAGUCAGAGCCACUCCACCUCAUUCCUUCCGCAAAUCUGACCGUCAAUUUAACUCCAUCUCGAGAUUUUAAGGAAGCCCACGGAAUUCACCAGUGGUGGAGACCUGAUCUGGAUGUCCAAUCCAACCUUUACAAGUACUAAUAGCUUGGUGCAGUUGUAAUUUAAAUGCCUUUAUUUCUAUCUUGAAUGUGCUAUCGGAAGAUUAUCGUGGAAAAAUUGUCUCACCCUUCUGUGAUUAUAUGUCCUGAUUUCUUUUGCAAUUUUCUUCCCUGUUGUAGAAGGUUCCACUUAUCUAAUGCGUUCACCUCUUGGUUA